AUGACUGACGUUCCUCUUCCUGAAUGCCUUCCAAAGCCAGCAGAACCGAAAGCUGCAGAACUCCAGCAGCAACCACAACAACCUCAGUUCCAGCAAGUACCUCCACCAAAUUACUACCAAUUUCCACCUCAAGGUUACUACCCACCACAAGGCUUCCCGAACUACCCUCCACAAGGCUUCCCGAACUACCCUCCUCAACCUAUGCCUUACUUCCCCAACCCUUGGUUGUUCCAGCAAGCUCCACCCCAGCAAUUCCAAUUCCAAUCUCAAUCGAAGAGAGACCAAGACUUCGAAGAAGGUCUGAACCGCUUACGCAAAGAGUAUGCUACAGCUCCAAUGGAAGACGACAGGCUUUCAGUCUCUUCCCUCAAAUCGACCGAUUCGACUCGUACCACAGAUUCGGUUCGUGACCGUGAAGACUACCUCAAGCAGUCUGAGAGACUCUUCAUCCUACAAUCAUUUACAGUUGGAGCUCUCAAGAACAUGCGCAAUUACGAAGGUCAGACACCAGCUGGAGACCGCAAAACAGAUGUACUCGCAAGAGCCGUCCAGCUCGUCAAGACAAAGACUGAGAUAGUCGACUUCAUUCUUGCAGCUUGCCCAUACAAGUAA